CCCCCCUGAAAAUGAGGAGAGGGGAGAGGGCAUGAGAUAAGCUGUGGUCCACGCAGAGGCAGACGUUGGAUUGGCAUGGCUGUGCAGCUCAGCGCUGCAUCCACGAGGCUCCUGCCUGGACAUUUCCCUUCUCUUUGAAGCCGCGGCGCGGACGGACAGAGGAACCCUAACCUGGGCUGUGUUUUACAGCAUGUGCCGGGCUCUGGGAGACAUAGAGGGAAAAUUGAGGGGAGGGGGGACAAACACCACCACACACUUGAGCGAUGCUCCGUGAGCUUCUCUCUUUUUCCUUUCAGAUCGGCGGGCUUUUCUGAACCUCGGACCUCGGACUAAUGGAGGAAUGCAACGAUAUAACUCUGUGCUUGUCAUGCUUGAAUCACACCUUCAUCUCUCCUUUUGUGUCAGAGCCCUCAUUGUCUUUGUCUGUCACUGCCGCCAGACCAACUGUAGGGUAGUGUGGCGGACACAGCCUCCUCCUCAACCCCCCUCUCCCCUGUGUGUGUCCCAGACUUUCCUUCAGUCUGCGAUCGCUCGAGCCCGUUUUCCUCGUCUGAGCUCCACUUCCCUUUGUGUCCGGCACGUUUCCUCCGCCUGCCGUUCUUCCUCUCUGUGUCCACUCACAGCAGGCAGGCUGCUCCUCUACCUUUGCCGCUCGCUACAUGAUCUGCUGGAAAACAGUUGUCGCCUGCGCCGUGUUGUCUCACAAUUCCAGAGCUCUGUCAGUAAUCCAUCUCCAUAACGUCAGGAUGUUCAUUCAGGAGGACUGAUCCCCUCCACCCCUCUCACUCAUCCCUUCCCCUCCCUCAUCCCAUUCUCCUGCCCUCUGACCCUCACCUUCUUACCGUCAACCCCCACCCGUCUCCUCUUUGUCCUCAAUCCAAGCGUUUUCUUUCAUUUCACCCUCCUGACCAUGUUGCCAUGCAUCUGCUGGCUUCAAACUAUCCUCGUCUUGCUGUCCUCUGCCUUAUGGACCCUGGGGGAGAACUGCCCAGCCAUCUGCCUUUGCCCAGAUCCUCACACUGUUGACUGCAGCGGUCGUGGGUUGACCCGACUACCCGAUGAGAUCCCUUUGGAUGUCCGCAGGCUUUUGUUGGCUGACAACUGGAUACCUCGCAUUCCUUCGGACUUCCUGGUUCUGUACAGUGACUUGGUGUAUUUGGACCUCCGGAACAACUCUCUGUCACACAUAGAACCCGGGACCCUGAGCACCUCCUCCAGACUGGUCUUCCUGGACUUAGGCAGCAACAACCUGACUGAAAUUCCCAAGGGGACUUUCGGGGAGUCCCGGAGCCUGAUCAAACUACGACUGGGAAACAACCCCUAUCUCAGCAUGGUCAACGAGGACGCCUUCCUGGGCCUCACCUCUCUGAGAGAACUUGAACUGGAGCGUAAUGCACUGUCUACCCUGAAGGUGGGGGCAUUGAAACAGUUGCCCUCCCUGCGGGUGGUGAGACUAGAGGGCAACCCUUGGGUGUGCAACUGUAAUUUUGCCAACCUCUUUGAAUGGCUGAUGGAGAACAGUCACAAGCUUCCAAACGGGGUGGAAGGCAUCGAGUGCUCCCUCCCCAUGGACGGCCGGCAGGUUUCCCUGACCCAGCUCUCAAAGGACAGCUUUCGUGAGUGCCAGGCCACCCUGACUUUAACAGACCUGCUCAUCAUCAUUUUCUCUGGCAUCUCUGUGUCCGUGGUGGCCAUCAUGACCAGCUUCUUCCUGGCUUCCACUGUCCACUGCUUCCAGCGCUGGAGUAAAGGCACCAAGGGCGACGAGGAAGAGACCGAGGAAUGAAGCCGAUCUGCUUCAAGCAAUUCAACAGUAUUUGCCCAGUUUAGUUUCCUACCUGAUGAAUAUUCAGAACAAAAGGCGUUUGGAGUGGCAUAGUUCCAGUUUGCACAUAGACGCUGGAAUUACUGUAAUAACAGACAUUCCUGAGGAAUGAGAACCCGGGAAGGUAAUGAGCUGCUCUGCUAGUAAAAUGCUGUUAGAGAUUAUAGAGACAGCUCCUGGUUAUUUAUAUUCUCUGGGUGUCAAAGUCAAAAAGUACACACUAAUCUACUGAGGCCAUGACCUUUGUGACAAGAGGGAAGAAGAUCAGGAUAAAUUGCAGAAAGAACAGGUUGCUGCUGUGCUGUCACCGUCGUCUUAGAAGACCAAUAACUUCUCAGCUCGUAUUCAUGCUGCACACUCAGCUCUGAGGUACCAAAUUCUUUCAAGUUUGACAUCCAGCAGGCUUUUUUCUGAGGCUUUAUCUUGGUAAGGUGAUUGACUCAUGAUCUGGCGCUUAAAGCGAACCACGCCGACCACUGACCUCAAUACUCAGCCACCUGUAAAGCAAUUUGCAGACAUAUUCCUCCUCCCAGCUCCUCUGAUGAAUUGGCCUCCUCCCUAAAGUGGAGCUCAGAAGAAAGUUCAUUUCCACACUAUUUUUGCAAAUGAAAGUGAAGGCAGAAUGAGGAGGGAUGUCAGUGUGUCUCUUCACACUUUCUGUAUUUUUGAUGUAUAAUCACAAAAUUAUAGUCCCGUUUAGUCAUAGAAUCAAGAGUAUUUAUUGAGUUGAAAUGUAUAGAGAGAAAUAUUUAUGGUAUAAUCUAAAAAGGAUGAAAAAUAUAUGAAUUAGAAUCUAUUUAGACUCGUUGUGUUGAAUAACGCACUUUAAAUUGUGAUUUUUUUUGGCAGGGCCCAGUUGCAGCAUAUAGACUGAUAUUGUCUUCAUCUGCCAAAGACUAGAUUCAUAUAUAUGGACUGUGUAGUGGAUGACGUGCUACCUAAAAUACAUGGAACAAAUUGCACUUUGCAUAAACACAUUGUACUCGAGCAGUUAUAGAUCUCCAAAGAUUUCUUCCUGUCUGUCUGUGACCUAACCAGCAGUCUUCGUAUCUUGGGAGUGUUUAGCCUCUAGUCUAGCAGGGAGGCCACCUCUAAAAUAACUCUCACAGUACAGCACAAUAAACGAGAGGUUUAUUUUCAUCUGAGCAUCAUCCAUGUAUAUUGUCUUUACCAUGUCAGUUUUACCUUACUAACAUUUAUAAUUUGAUGACAAAACUCAUUUUUUUCCUCAUAGCAGCAUCAGCAGCCUCUGGUCAUUUUGCUCAGCGAAGCAAAGCCCUGAUUUUUUUCAUUUGGAUUCUGAAUGCACAUCUCCACUCUGCUUUAUUGUUUCGCCUCACGUUUUCUUUUGUAAGGCAUGAAUUUAAUAAAAAGUGACAUGUAGCAGAAAGAAUGUCAAGUUUCUAAAUGCAAAAAAAAGCCAUGGACACAUGAACGGCGCCAUGAGCAAAUGGCGACGCCGUCUCUGCGUGGGUCAUGUGAGGGGAGAGAGCGGGACACAACAGCUGUCUGACCUUUUUCAGAGCGUUAUAACCUUAAAUGUGUAACAUUCUGAGGCAUUUUGCAGAAAUGACAUAUAAUAAAUGUGGCCUUACUCAUUGCUGUGAUAUUUUUUUGUAUUGGCAUCAGUUAAAGCACAUGAAAAUCACUAGAGACUGAUAUAAUCUUGGUAUUCUCUUGUAAAGGAUGUGUUGCAUCAUGAUGUAUGUAGGUUGUAUUGUCAACAGUAUGUUUUUAUUUACAUGUGAAGUUACAUGUUGUGUUUGAACUGACACAUCUGUAUAGAUGGUGUAACAUUAGAAACAUAUACGGAUGUAUUUCUGCCCCAAACAAACUAUUUAAGCAUUAUUUGGUUGGAACUGAAGCUGGUGAGAGUUAGAGCAUCUUCUUGGUCACUGCUUCAGGAUUUCAGGGUAAACAUGGAACCCAGACCUGCUCGUGUUUCUCCGGUACCGACAGCCAAACUUGAAAUAGAUAUCAGAGCCGAGCCUCAAUCUAAUGCAGGAAGUGAAUAUCAAUCAAAUGUGAUCAAAUGUUUUUAUGUCCAUCAUUAUGUGUUUAGCGUUGAUUCCAUGACAGCCUGCACUGCAAGAUAGGUAUCGAUUUGUUUACUGGUGAGAAUGAAAAGUUUGAGAUUUGAGAACCAAUAAGUCUAGCUAAAAAUAAUACUUUUUUGAAUUCUGAAACUUCUGCAGUAAAAAAUAAAAUGUAUUUCAAAUAUUUGAUUUGUCAAGGUAUAACCACAGACUGAAUAUGAGAACUGGACUUAGUGACCCCUCCCCCUUUGCGUUUCAAACAGGAAGUACCUGCUGGUUCCAAAAAGCUAAAAUCCUGCAGACUUUAAUAGAGAAAUAACAUUUGACUGACAGAUUUAGUGUGGCUCGGUUUCCAGUGGUAGGGGUUUGGACUUCCAACAAGCUCACGCCUGAUUGGCCAGAGUGUUUUUCAUAGAAGCAAUGAUUCAGAACAAGUUGGACCAAUCACUGCUUAGUGCUACUUAACCUGUACUGGAAACCCGAUUGGUACCUCGCAUGCUUGAAUCUUAUGUCACUUCCUCAGGUCGCCCACAUAGUGACAGUUAAACAAUUUAAAUAAAAUUAGCUCCUGGUAGUUUUUACCAGCAGUUUGACCUCCUUUACGACUGUCUGAGCCUUUCUAACUCCCAUAAAUUCAAGAUUUGCUCAACAACGAUCAGCAUCUCCUGACUAAAUUACACCACCGUAAAUAUUACACACAUUAUACUUGUAACCACACAGCUUCGAGUCAUUCUCUCUGACUGAUUUUAUUUUAUGUUGGCAAUAAGAAGAGAGGAGAGCUGAGGGCAUGUUUUCUCUGGGGAGAUGCCCCAGGGGUGACUGGAGCAACUUCUGCAGCCAAAUUAUGGUUAAAAAAGUGUCUGUUAAUAAAGUCUUGGUAAGUGGGGAUAUCUGCAUACGCAGUGGAAUAAACUGACAUCAAACAGAAGAAAAAAAAAUAUUUGGACAUGCGUGGUACGGACUGGGUAGGUCCAGCUGUGCUGUUUGACUUUGCACAUGUGCAGUGAAGAUCGUCUAAUCCUAAUUCAGAACUUUUCUUUCUUCUUUUUGUUUUUUGCAAUUUUAAAAUAUAUAUAUAUUAUUUUUGAAAAUAUUUCAAGAGUUAACUAUUAAUAUUUAUCUCUGAAAAAAACUCUGACUGGUAAGUGCCAUAAAACACAUUUUGUGCAUACCGGGUACAGAUCGGGUAACGAUGCUGCUUACUAACGAUGUCUGGCUCCAACAUGGCGGCAGCCGUACCCUGAAAAAAAUGUUGAAUGAUUUGAUUUCAUUAGAAAGGAGCCAGAAGUCAGAAGUGGAUGAUGUCACUCACUCCAGUUCCCAUGAUAACAGUUAUAAAAUGACAGAAAACAAAGACUUUCUCACUGAAACUCGUCUUUGAAAUCAGCGUUCUCUGCCUGUGACCGUUUGGUAGAAAUAGACACACAUGUAGUCAGUAACUGAAAGUAAGUGUAGGAGCUCAUUGUCAGCAGUAAAGUUCCAGAAGUUUCUGUCAUUUCUGUCUUUAGAAACCAAACAAUCCUCAUUUCAGUCCGAGGAGCUAAAGGGAUUUCAUCCAGCGGAGUGCUCGUCCCCUUUAGCAGAUGGCAAAUGGCUUUUUUUAAUAUUCAAAUGCACAGAUCUGCGUCAAAGAAUCAGAGGGACACUUUUUUAUACACACUAUUAUUUGCAACUACUAUGUAGUUAACAUUCAUUCAGACAUGAUUAUGUUAGCUUAGCUGUUAGCUUCAAAACCAUAGCAUGACGUUUCUUUUUCUCACUAUUUUGAAUGAUCUGCACUCUAGCGCAUGCACUGCUGAGUUCUGUUUCAGAUGUGGUGUCUAUUUUUCUAUCAAACCUUUCAGAUUAAAGCGUUUGUUUGUUUUCAGCCUCCAGUAUUAUAGUUUUCUGGCAUGGCAGACACGGGGAGACAGUGGUGGCUGCUGUCGCUCGGGUCGCUCCGGAUUUUGUUUAAACGACCAAAUCUGUGUUAUGCUUUGUCAGACAAAUGUCAGAGUGGCUCACAUCUGAUUCAGGCCAUGUGACGGACGGGAGAGUGACGACGCUGCUGCUGCGGCUGAAUGCAUUUCCACCUGUCAAACAGACUGUAUGUGUAGCUGUAUAUUGAUGUUUGAACAGAAAAUCCAUCAUAAUAAAAUCAAAUCUUUCUGUU